AUGGUCGACCCGACACGGCCUCUUGUGUCUUCUACUUGCACAUGCAACAUGCGUGGCAGCACACUGCAGACAAUAACUCCGAACCCCAUCGUCGGAAUCAGACCGCCCGAUCCAGCCCAGUGGCGAUCUCCCAAGAUCUUUUGUUGCGGGUCCUGCAUGUCUCAAAACACAACCCAAGCUAAAUGUUCAGCCCUAGUGGCGCUGACACGCGUUGACGAGCCGACAAUGGAAACAGUACUCAAGCAUCUCAACCCGGUCCUCUUGGACAAUGUUUACGACUCGGCCUUUCGGCUAGCCCAGGCCAGCUGUGGAGUCUCAAACGGGACACAUCCGGACUGGUGGUCACCAUCUUCACAGCCCUCCGGCGUCAUCGUCGACAAGAGCAAGGCAUGGCUUUGUAACCUUGCAGCGGACCCACGCUUCUGGCAACGGCAUGGCAUAUGGCGCCAGAGCAUCAGCAUCUUUUUCUUAACUUGGAUCACAAGCACCUUCUUUUACCUACUCUUCGGGACCGUCUGCUACUAUCUCAACUUUGACCGGGAGCAGAAGAAGCAGCCCAAGUUCCGGCCCAACCGGAUCCGCGCCGAGAUCACGGCCUCCAUGACUGCCUUGUUCGUCCUCAGCGUACUGACGGUGCCCAUCUUCGUGGCCCAGGUGCGCGGGUGGGCCAAGAUCUACCCAUUCGGGACGGGUAGCACUUGGUAUGUCAUCCCGACGCCGUUUGCCGCGUACGCCUUUGAGCCGAUCGAGGGAUGGAUCAUGAGCUUGCCCGUCUACGCCUACAGUUUCCUCUUCCCGAUGUCGGAUGUGGGACACCUCGUGGUCUUUUUCAUCAGCAACAUCUGGACCUUUCUGCUCCACGACAACAGCGAUCAGUUUCACACGGUGCAUCACAAGAGCAUCCAGUUCAACUUUGGACAGUUUUCCGACUUGUGGGACAGGGUAGGGGGAACAUACGCGGACCCCAGCCUAUUUUUUGAGCCUAUCAGGGGGAAGCGAGGUCAGAUGAAGUCCCUGCCAUAG